UGCGACAACAACACUGUCGAGCGUCGUGUCCGUUACGUCUUAUCAGUUCGGUACUGUGCAACUGCGGUAGUUAUUUCGUUAUUUGUGAUUUAGUGUGACACGCGUAAGCUGCUUUAUACACUGUCUCUGGUGUUAGUGUAUUACAACUUUUACUUUUUACUAUUAAUUACAUUCACAAUUUUGCCGUUUACACUCACUAACGCCUUCUAACGCUCUCAGACGUUUCACUGACUUAGUCGAAUUAUUUUUUCUCGUGCGUGUUGUGUAAGAUUCUUGUGUCUCUCUGUUUGCUAAGAUGUCGCUGGAAGAUGUGGAAAAUAUUAAAAAACGCAUUGAAAACUUCAAAAAGACUCUGUUGGAGCUAACCGAAACACCGGGCGUGCAAGAAGCAGCAAAGCACAAAGUCCGGGAGAUGUCCUCCGAAGUUGUUGACUCAAACCCGUACAGCCGGUUAAUGGCCCUGCAGCGAAUGGGCAUUGUGAAGAAUUAUGAGGACAUCAGGAAAUAUACUGUGGUCGUGGUAGGUGUUGGUGGAGUCGGCAGUGUCACUGCAGAGAUGCUCACGCGUUGCGGCAUUGGAAAGUUAAUAUUAUUUGACUACGACAAAGUAGAACUAGCAAAUAUGAAUCGCCUCUUCUACCAACCGUCCCAAGCAGGUCUGAGCAAAGUUACAGCAGCUUCAAUGACAUUGACAAGAAUUAAUCCUGAUGUUAAAAUUGAAACGUACAAUACUAACAUCACGUUAACCACCCAAUUUGAAGAAUUCUUGAACGUCUUAAAGACUGGAGGAAUUAAUGGUGAACGAGUUGAUUUGGUAUUGAGCUGUGUAGACAAUUAUGAAGCUCGAAUGACAAUCAAUUCAGCAUGCAAUGAAUUAGGAUUAAAUUGGUUUGAAUCGGGUGUUAGUGAAAAUGCGGUGUGUGGACAUAUUCAAUACAUUGUGCCUGGAGAAUCUGCUUGUUUUGCGUGUGCACCUCCAUUGGUUGUGGCUUCAGAUAUAGACGAAAAAAUUAAAAAAGAUGGAGUUUGUGCAGCGAGUUUACCGACUACAAUGGGUGUUGUUGCUGGAUUACUUGUUCAAAAUGCAUUAAAAAAACUGUUGGGUUUUGGAACAGUCUCAUGGUACUUAGGAUAUAAUGCUUUAUCUGAUUUCUUUCCAAGCAUGAUGAUUAAACCAAAUCCAAAUUGUAGUGAUAAUUUCUGUAUAAAACAACAAUCAGAAUUUAAAAAUAAAGUGAAAGAGGAACCCGAAUGCACAAAUUUAGAUCCACUCGAAGAUGUAGUUACCCACGAAAAUAAUGAAUGGGGAAUAUCACUAGCAGAAGAUGAACCAAUAGUAUCAAGUAAUACAACAGAAGUCAUUGAAACAUCCAAAACUGAAAAUGUAAAUAAAAAUAAUAGUAUAAAGAGUGAAGAAGAAUACCUAUCACUGAAUGAUGGAAUAGAAUUUGCUUAUCAAUCUGCUGAUCAAACAGCUCCAAAUGAAGAAUCCUUAGUAAAAGAAACCGAAUUAAGCGUAGACGAUCUAAGAGAACAAUUAUCAUUGUUAUGAUAACAGUUUACGUUUAAAAAUUUGUUUUUAAUUAAUUUCUCAAAAAACCAUUUGUAAUUUAAACAUUUUUCCAAUAUAGACCAAUGUUAAAGUAUUU